CACUGGUCAUUUAACAAUAUACAUGCAUAAAAUACAUGGUGUUCAUCUCAUGUUUUGCUUUUCAAAACAUUGACGCUGUUGGCUUCCCAUUCAUAAACCCUCAAGAACUGUCCAGCUCAUGCAUUGCUCAUGCUCACGUUACGUUUGUCAGUGUAUUUGGUCGCUGUGGCAGUUUAGCUUAGCUUUUAUUUAGCAAUUACCCGUAACUUUCUCUUUAAUCAGUGACCAUAUCCUAGUUUCAUAUGCGACUCUAAUAACAAACUGGUCUAAUAAUGUGUGUUUUUGGCAUACUGAAAAAUCUUACAACUAAUUACUGGACACAUAGAGUCAUUCAUAAUCGUAGACACAUCUGACUAAUAUCUAUAAAAAAUAUAGACACAAAUGGAAAUGGUUCUUGCCUUGAACCGCUUUGUCUAAUUUAAAACUAGACUUUAAAGAGGUACACUGUACAACAGUUUUCAAAUAUCGCGGAUUAAGAGUCCGACCCUGUGGCCGUGGGAUGGAGCAAUAAAAUGGACAUACAUACUCAGUAAAACACAAGACAAGUUGUUGCAACCAUUAACAAUAUACAUAAAUGUUGAGAAAAAAGCCUAUCGUACAUGUCACUAUAACUGCCUGCCUUGUUCUCCCAUUUCCGAGUUAACCGGAAAUCCAAUUCAAAGCGCUGGAAAACGACAACCGAUACACAUUCAUAACCCCGGCCUCCACAAACAAACAACGUAACAGCCAGUGGAGGCACAUUAAAAUGAAUGAGACUAAAUCUUACACACUGGAAGAGUGGAAUAAUGAAAAGGCCGCGGUGCUAACAGUGAAUACGGUGGUCCUCGGGUUUUAUCUUCUGAUUGGAAUAACAGGUAACACUAUCGUCAUCUAUAUCUACAACUUCCGGAUGAAGGGUUCCCGAGAUGACCGAUAUUUUAUUCCCCAUCUUGCCGUUAUGGACCUUUGCGCAUGCGGUGUUGGGGCCGGUUAUGCAAUAGCACUAAAUAUGCUACCACUCCGAUUCCAAGGGAACGAACUGUGCAAGAUUUUGUGGUUCUUGACCCAGGUGACCACUUUGUGUGCAGCCUUAAUGUUGGUUGUUAUAGCAGUACAACGCUACUUAAAAGUGGUUAGACCAUUUAAAAAACAAAUGACUAUCAAGGCGAAACACUCCGCACUGGUAGCAGUCAUUUUGCUGUCUUUAUUCCUGUCGUUGCCAUGUCUGAUGUUUUAUGGAGAAAUCCCUAUCACCAGUCCCUACCUUAAUCUGACGGGGUACCGAUGUGGGGUGAGCCCCUCUGCAGACCAGGCAGCUCUUUCUCUGUACAAUACCAUUCUGUUCGUGACGGCCGUUGGAGGCUUGCUAGUUAUAUCUACUCUUUAUAUACUGAUAGGCCGCACUAUCUACAGGCAACACAAAUUCAGACGAAGAUACAGUUCAGCAGCCACCGCCUUCAAACGCAGCGAUCGCGACUCAUUAGAAUGGAAUCCACCCUCAGAAAGCGGAAGUGUCCAAACCAGGAGAAAACCCUUUAGAGACAGUCUCGAUUUCGAUUCGCCUUUUCUGGAUUCCAUGAACGGCGCGCCUUCGUCUCCUGAGAUUAUAGAGCCAAGUUCAUCGCCGGUAAUUAAAGAACCAAGUUCGCCUUCCUCUGCGACUUUAGAACCAAGUUCGCCGUUUAAGUCAGCUUUCUUAAGCGUUCCUAUGACUCCUACCGAGAAACUCCGAAGUAGUUUUUCCGAAAUACAGAAAAAAGCUUCUAAGUCGACAAUACCUGUUCGGAAGCAUUUCGGAACUCAUCGGUGUUCAUGGAUGUUCAUGAUGAUUACUGUGGUGUACAUUCUCUCUUUCAUUCCACGGAUAACACUGAACGUACUGGAGUCCGUAGAUAAGCACUUUUGGGGGGAACUGUCGGACCGAGAAAUAGCCAGUUACCUGUUCCUUUACCGCUUAUAUCUUGUAAAUAACAUCAGUAAUCCGUUUUUCUACGGUUUGUUUGAUCGCGCGAUGCGCAAAGAACUUCGCAAAGCCUGUUGUUGCAAAUCCAAGUGAUUGUAGAAUAUUGAAUUGCAACAGAUAUCUUAUAUUAGGUUUUCUGCAGCGUACAAAAUUAACAUAGAAUGUGUGUAUGUCUUUCUGAUUUAACGUAUUUGUGACAUUGUUGUUUUUUAAUUAUAGAUGCUACAUCAUUCUGUUUGAUGGAUAAAGUUUUUAAAAAAGAACGUUGUACAAAUAUACAUGUAUGUACACACACACACGGCAACCUUUUUUGUUAAACAUC